UCUGCAUCCUGGCUCAUACUGCCAAACUCGGUCCGACUUUAAGCAAAUCAUCUCACGCCUCCGACAUUGCUCAGGGCGAGUUCAUCGGGAGUCCUAUCCACAUCAGCUCUAGCUUUCAGAGGCCUUUCCCCAGACGGGAGAGCUGGAUAGGAGCUGUACUGCGGGUGAUGGCACUGACACCUGAGCUGUGGCGCCCAUCCCCGCGUCAAUUGCUCACUCCACUAUCUCCUCUUCUCACUUAGCAGAAUUUGGACAGAGCAUGCUGCUUGCGAAUACAAAGAUCGAAGUUGUAUAAGUAGAUUGUGAUGAUCCACCUUGGGGAACCAUCAGCAAGCUUCAAGUUCCACUCCCAGCUCCCCGGUUCAGGAGCUAAAGCGCGAGGUCUUUCGUUGGACACAUACUCUUUGCCAUUGGCAUCGACAACAUCCUCAACACCGCCGCCAUGUCCCGCCGCAACAGCAGCGUGGUCGCUGUCGACCCCGAACAGGCGCGUCGCGUCUCGGUCGCCGUCCAUGAUAUCCAGCAGGUUACUCACGAUGCCAACAAGGCAACGCAAUCCGAGCAGAACAUGACCCUGAGACAGGGUCUCAAGCUCUAUCCCAAGGCCAUCGCCUGGUCUGUCCUACUCUCCGCAGCUAUCAUCAUGGAAGGUUUCGACAAGGUCCUCAUCGCCAACCUCAUGGCUGUCCCUGCCUUCAAGCGGAGGUUUGGCGAACAGCUUCCAAACGGUUCCUACGAGGUCACAGCAGCCUGGCAGGCCGGUCUCACCAACGGUGCCUAUGUUGGCGAGGUCACAGGUCUGCUGCUCAACGGUCUCAUAGCCGACCACUUCGGAUACAAGAAGACAAUGAUCGCCGCACUGUUCGCGGUCAACCUUUUCAUCUUCGUCGUCUUCUUCGCUCAGAACAUCGUCAUGCUUCUCGUCGGUCUUAUCCUUUGCGGUAUCCCAUGGGGUGUGUUCCAGACCCUGACUUGCACGUACGCCGCUGAGGUGGUCCCUGUCCCACUCCGCCCGAUCCUCACAACUUACGUCAAUCUCUGCUGGGUCAUUGGGCAGUUUCUCGCAUCGGGCGUCUUGAAAGGAGUUGCGGAGCGUCCCGAUCAGUGGGCAUAUCGCAUCCCUUAUGCUCUCCAAUGGUUGUGGCCCGUCCCGUUGAUGAUUGGCAUCAGCUUCGCACCCGAAUCUCCUUGGUGGCUUGUCCGCAAAAACCGCGACGACGAGGCGAAGAAGAUGCUCAUGCGCUUGACGUCUGCCGGAAAACAUCCCGAUUUCAACGCCGACGAGACGAUUGCAAUGAUGCGCCACACCAACGAGCUUGAAAAGGCGGUUUCCGAGGGCACUUCGUACUUCGACUGUUUCAAGGGCACCGAUCUUCGACGCACCGAAAUAGCAGCAAUGACUUGGUUUACUCAGGCCUUCUGUGGAGCUUCUCUGAUUGGAUACAGCACAUAUUUCUUCCAGCAAGCCGGGCUCAGCGACUCCAACUCCUUCUCCAUGAGCCUGGGUCAAUACGCUAUCGGUGCUGUUGGUGUCUUCAUCGCAUGGGCACUGAUUCCAAGGGUUGGUCGUCGAACCCUAUACGUCUAUGGUGACUUCGUCAUGAUCAUUAUUCUAGUCAUUAUCGGCGGGCUCGGAGUCAUACCAAAAGGCAAUAUUGGCGCACAAUGGGGCAUUGGAGCCAUGCUCCUGAUAUUCGCUGCAGCUUACAACUGCACUAUCGGACCCGUUUGCUACGCCAUCGUUGCUGAGAUCCCUUCUACACGCCUCCGACAGAAGACCGUCGUCCUGGCCCGCAACUUCUACAACCUCGCCUCAAUCAUUGGCAACGUGCUCACACCCCGCAUGUUAAACCCAGGUGCUUGGAACUGGGGGGCUAAAGCCGGGUUCUUCUAUGCUGGAACCUGCCUUGGCUGUUUUGUCUGGGCCUUCUUUCGUCUUCCCGAACCCAAGGGCAGGACAUACGCGGAGCUCGACAUUCUCUUCGAGAAGCGCGUUCCUGCCAGGCACUUCAAGAAGACCGUCGUCGAAAGCUUCCAUGUUAGCGACGCUGAGAGCGAUCUUAGCGAGAAGAAGGGGGCAUCUGCUCAUCUCGAGCAGGUUCAUUCACACUAGGUUGCUUAGGCUGUUGCCAUGAUGUGAAUAUUGGACAAUUGACGCAUUCUAUUGUUAUAUGGUCUUCUUUUUAUAUAGUGAUAUUUUUUCUUGAAUGAUAACAUAUCUCUCGUUCAAACA